AUGGAUGCGGAACGGGACUAUAAGAGAUUCGAUGAGCUCAUGAACUUUUGGAAGACCAUGCCACUGGAGAUACAUGUGUCGUGGCACGAAGCUUUUGAAAAAGCAAGCACUCUACCCGAAGGAAAACGCUCCCUUUCUGCACUGCGACGCCUGUUUGCCAAGGCCCGCAAUCGCGAGAGCAUCGACCUUUGCGAUUUGGAAUGGAAACUGAACCCAGGACUCUCGAGCUGGUAUGGUGUCAUUGGGCAGGAGGACCUUGAGCGGAAGAUACCGUUGAUCUUUGGACGGCUACUAGGCAUGAAAGAACCAGACAACUCGACAGACAACGUCUGGCAGAGUUACUUCAUGCCUCUAGCCACCACACGGCAAAUGGUGUCAGUUUGCGCAUUGGUCAAUGACAUUUUGCAACUCAUGCAUGUGGGACGACAUUUCCUAGGAUAUGAAGCUGUGCAGGUGUCAGUGGAAGAAUUGUAUGGGAAGUUCAAGACCUGUCUGCGGAUGAAUCGGUUUCGAGCCUGGCGCCAGAAAUUGAGACUUGAUUUCCCUGAAUUGUUGGGCAAGCAUCCCACUCGCGAAAUGCGUGCCACAUUGGGCGAGGAGUUCUGUGGUUGGGUAGAGGUGCAGGAUGAUUGGCUUUGGAGCGAGGAGGUGUGA